UCAAAUGAAGAAGGUGGAGAUUUGAAAUUUGAACGACCAGAGACAGUUCCAUCAGUUCCAUCAAACUCCCCAAAGACCCUCUCACUCUCUCUCUCCCUCCAUUCAUUUAAUAGUAGGAUGAUGUCUUCGGGGGCUACCACCAAUGGCGGGAUCAACCCGUUCACAUCAGAAGAGAGGGAGAACUUCCCCGAGUGGAGUCCUCUCUUUUCAAAGAACUCUAGUACUCCGUCAAAUUUAAAACAAAAGAAGACUUUCCACUGGUCGAUAGAUCAAAUGGCGAAACUUAAACCGGUUGACAUAGCAACUAGUCCUGCCUCUCUAGCUAUCACCAAUGUAAUGAGCCCCCAUGAUAAUCCUGUGGCACAGAAGAAGGCUGACGAGUAUUUUUCUCAAAGGAACAUUCUUCCUUCUCCAUGGACGGGUGGAGGGAAUGGUCCCAUUGCUAAAGCUAAACACGUCACCUUCUCCCCAUUGCCUCCCACUACCUCCUAUUACAAUGAUGAAGAUACUAAGAAAGUUGAUGCUUCUACUCAGACAUGCCUUACUUUACCAGUGGAUUUAGAUCUAGAGAAGAUAUUAGGUCAAGAGUACUACACUGGAGAGGACAACAGCUUCACUCUUCGAAGGAAACUCUUUGGUCACCCUCAGAGAGAGAGCGAGAGCAGUCAAACGUCACGAGACAACUCUUACAUAGAACCAAAAACUCAUGACACACAGUUAUCAUCGACACCCCUUCGCUCCUCGCCGCUCUCCCCAGCCGUCUUCAUUACAAAAUUAUCGUCUGAAGGUGCAACUCCUCCUCCUCUAUCCUCGUCCUUUCUAGAAAAAGGUUCUUCCCCACUUCUUUCUCCGAUUAAAAGCGGCGAUGGUCUUCAGUUAUCUCCUAUAAUGACUGAUAAGAGAAAUGGGAGUGGUCUUUCGUCUGCCCCACCUAUCUCUCCGCCUUUAUCUCCAAUUCUUUCUUCUGCAACCGCUACUUGUACUAGUGGUGGUGCCGAUACAGCUGGUGAUAGUGUGGGUGUGGCUCUUAAUAAUGAAUUAAACGGCUCAUAUACUUGUAGUACAGCCGAUGAAGGCAACGAUGAAUCAUCUCCUAUAGUGCAGUCUAAACUAAGUACGUAGGUAUAUCCUAUAUCUUAAUGUAUUAUACAUGUACAAGUACAGUUUGUGCUACCGUAAUUUUAUUAUUUUGCAAGUUAAUAUUUUUUAGCUUUUGUAUAAAUUUCAUUGAUUACAAUUUUUAUUAUUAAAUUUUAAUAUGACUGGGUCCUAAUUCUUUCCUUCAGUUAAAA